UGGUUAGAGCCGGAGUAACGGUGAAGCUGUCGUUGUUGACAAUUGGAUCGUGCGAGGCUCAUCGUGUUGAUUCUCGACUGAACGCAGCCUGCGAGAUGUCAGACGGCGAGGAUGAUUUCAUGUGCGAGGAGGAGGAAGAUUACGGAUUGGAGUACUCUGAAGAUUCUAAUUCCGAACCGGACGUGGAUUUAGAGAAUCAAUAUUACAACAGCAAAGCCCUCAAGGAGGAUGAUCCAAAAGCUGCCCUACAAAGUUUCCAGAAAGUGUUGGAUCUGGAAGGCGGAGAUAAAGGAGAAUGGGGCUUCAAGGCCCUAAAACAAAUGAUCAAAAUUAAUUUUAAAUUGUCCAAUUACAAAGAGAUGAUGGCAAGGUAUAAACAAUUGUUAACUUAUAUUAAAAGUGCAGUUACUAGGAAUCAUUCGGAGAAGUCGAUAAACUCCAUAUUGGAUUAUAUUAGUACAUCGAAAAAUAUGGAAUUAUUGCAAGAUUUUUACGAAACCACAUUAGACGCUUUAAAAGACGCGAAGAACGAUAGGUUAUGGUUUAAAACGAACACAAAACUGGGAAAACUCUACUACGACCGUUCAGACUUUAACAAAUUGGCAAAAAUAUUGAAACAACUGCAUCAGAGUUGUCAGACCGACGAUGGAGAAGAUGAUUUGAAGAAAGGAACACAGCUGUUAGAAAUUUAUGCCUUAGAGAUACAGAUGUAUACAGCGCAGAAGAACAAUAAGAAAUUAAAAGCGCUUUACGAGCAGAGUCUUCAUAUCAAAAGUGCAAUUCCGCAUCCGUUAAUUAUGGGCGUCAUCAGAGAAUGUGGAGGUAAAAUGCACUUGAGAGAAGGUGAGUUUGAGAGGGCUCACACCGAUUUCUUUGAGGCGUUCAAGAAUUAUGACGAAUCCGGAUCACCAAGACGUACAACGUGUUUAAAGUACCUAGUUUUGGCGAACAUGUUAAUGAAGUCCGGUAUUAAUCCGUUCGAUUCGCAAGAAGCGAAACCGUACAAGAAUGAUCCCGAGAUCUUGGCGAUGACGAAUCUAGUUGUCAGUUAUCAGAAUAACGAUAUCAAUCAGUUUGAAUUAAUUCUAAAGCAAAAUAGGAAUAAUAUUAUGGAUGAUCCUUUUAUUAGAGAACACAUCGAGGAUCUGUUACGGAACAUACGUACACAGGUUUUAAUCAAAUUGAUAAGACCGUACACUAGAAUUUAUAUUCCCUUCAUAAGUAAAGAACUGAAUAUCGAUGUCUCGGAAGUGGAGAGCCUUUUGGUAUCUUGUAUUUUGGACAAUACCAUUCACGGUCGUAUAGAUCAGGUAAACCAAGUUCUCGAAUUGGACAAGAAAUCAGUAUGUGCCGCUCGUUAUAAUGCUCUUGAUAAAUGGGCAGGCCAGCUUCAGUCUUUGCAUACAGCCAUCGUGAACAAGAUGUCUUAAGCAGUACGGGCUGCAAUAAAACCGAAUUGAUCUUACUUUGUAUAGUAUAUAAAUAUAAAAAAACCAGCUCUAUACACACACGUGUAAAAAAUAAAAUCUAUUGUGAUAUAAUAAA